GAAAAAGAAGAGAUGGCGAUGCAUAUGAAUUACGCGUAUAUCGUGGUAUUUGCUGGUAAUCUACUAGCACUCACGGGCGACACAACAUUAACAUGGUCGUCACCAAUCCUACCGAAACUACACUCAAAUGAUUCCAGCAUCAAUCCACUAGGGAGCCCUAUCACUGACGAUGAAGAGUCCUGGAUUGGUUCCUUGCAGUACAUCGGAGCGAUGUGCGGCAUCAUUCCAGUAGGCUAUUUGGCGGACAGGAUAGGCCGAAAACCAGUAUUAUUAUUUCUAGCUCUACCUCACUUGGCCGCCUACUUAGCAUUCGCCUUCGCAAAAAACAUAAAUUGGUAUUACUUCGGUCGACUCGUAGGAGGUGUCUCCCUUGCCUCUAGUUACGUCGUUUUGCCUAUGUACGUCGCGGAGAUUUCGGAAGAUUCCUACAGAGGCAUGCUGUUGGUGUCUUAUAGUACAUUUGCCAGUUUCGGUGAUCUCGUUCCGUACAUUAUGGGGCCUUAUAUAUCCAUUUUCUGGUUCAAUAUUAUUUUGGCAAUAUUCCCGUUAGUGUUCUUCAUCUCUUUUUCUAUCCUGGCACCAGAGAGUCCUUACUUCUAUGUGGACAAAAACGACUACAAAGCCGAGCUGUCUCUCAAGAAACUAAGGCACGGACAAUUGACGUUCGAUGCGAAGAAUGAGAUCGAAGAAAUUAAAAACGAAAAGUUGAAAAACCAGGAAGGAGAUUUUAUCAACACACUGAAGAAAAAGUACGUCAUCAGAGGCUUCAGUAUAGCUCUCGGACUCAGCUGUUUUCAGCAGCUUUCUGGAUUGGGGGCUAUUCUAGCUUAUACCGAGAUCAUUUUCAAGGAUGCUGGCACGGAUGUUUCUGCAGACGUUGCAUCCCUCAUAGUAGGCAUAGUUUUAUUCCUUGCCAGCUUUGGAGGUCCUCUCAUGGUCGACAGAAAAGGAAGAAAGUUCCUUCUGAUUUGUUCGGCAACCGGGAUGAUCGUUUCCCUAGGCGUACUAGGUUCAUACUUUUACUUGAAGGACGAAACAGACGUUUCUGUGAAAAAUAUAUCUUGGCUACCGAUUUUGUGUCUGGUUAUCUAUACCGUAACAUUCAAUAUCGGAUUUGGGCCUUUGCCGUACACAAUCACUUCAGAAAUUUUGCCUUCGAAUAUCAAAUUUUUUCUUGCCACUGUCGCAAGCUUCGUGUUGUGGCUGGUUUCUUUCGUAGUUACGAAAUUCUUCAAUGACCUCAAUGUUGCGUUGGGAAAAGGAGGAACAUUCUGGCUGUUUGCGGGAUUUUGCGCGAUAGCCCUUCUGUUCAUAAUCUUUAUUGUUCCUGAAACUAAGGGCAAGAGUUUCCAAGAGAUACAAAGUAUUUUAAACAGGUGAUAUUUACUCAUUUUAUAGAAUAUAAUUCGAUGUAUUUUCCAGUUAUGUCUCAAAAUAUUUUCAAUAAAUUAUUCAAUGUU